GUCCAGAGGCGUUAUACAUGACAUGGCGUUAAAACAGACACCGCAACGUAAUUCAUCAUUCAAAAUCCUUUAAUUUGAUGGGUCACACAUUGAUUUCUGAUUAUCCGUUCCGAAGAUACAUGGUACAUUGCCAUAACGGCCUAAGGGAUAACUUGGUUGAGCUGUAAAUGCUUAUUUAUUGUUAUUGACGUUAAAACAAAGCCAUUAGCAUAGAAAAAUCUCGUAUCGCAGUUUGAUCUCUAGCAAAUCCUAAUUCGCUCAAUUUUGCACCAAGUGCUCCGUGCAAUAUAUCAUUAGAAAGGUCUUUUCAUACAUAUUAAGAAAAUCACUGACCAAGUGUGUUACGGUCAUUAUUUAUGGCUGAAAACGACAAAAAACUACAAAUUCUCAAUGUACUAUAUUGACACAAAAUGUACUUAUAUGGUACAAAAAAAGGCCUUAUACAGAACAUUGUGUUAAAACAGACAUCACAACGUAAUUCGUCAUUCAAAAUCCUUUAAUUUGAUGGGUCAUACAUUGAUUUCUGAUUAUCCGUUCCAAAGAUACAAAUAUUUGUACAAAAUUAUGAAAAAUCGAAUAAUUUGAAAUAUUUACAAAAAUAUUUUAAGUUGUUUGUUAACAUGCCGGGUGUGUAUGGUUGAUAAGAAAAGAGUGCAGACGUUAUUUUUGUUAAUAUUAACCUCCAAAGAUAUGACAAGCCACAAUGCUAAAAGUCCGGAUGUAGUCGGAUGAUAACAUGUAACCGCAGUUGUUAUUUGUGUAAAUGUUAUCACAUAUUUUUAAAACUAUAAGGUCUUGUUUUUGCAAAACACAUUCAAUUUCAUUUGAUCACGUUCAUGCUGUGUGAAUUUCGCCUAUAAAUACUGAAAUAAACGAGCAUAUACCACAGUCGACAUCUGACAGUUUCUACAGUAUAGUUACAGUGUUCAGUGGAAAAUAUUCAAUUAAGAUAUUCCUAGCGUUCAGACGUGUGCUCUGGUGAGUUUUAUAUCGUUCAGAAGUGUGCUCUGUUGAGUGGCAAACUUUGAAUAUUUUUUGAUUUUGUCGAAAACAAUUUUUUUUUUUUUUUUUUUUUUUUUUUUUUUGAAAUUUUUAAAACAUAUUUAGUGUUUGGGUUCUAAUUUUUUUGAAUUCUAAGUUUUGAAUAUUUAUUAUUAUGUUAUUACUUAGUGUUGUUUGAUUUGGUCAGUUUUUUUUUUUUUUUUAAUAACGAAAACAUGAACAAAUUCUUAGUCACUAAAGAUACAUUUAAGAAAAUUCGUAUUUCUCAUCCUUUAAUAACGAAAACAUGAACAAAUUCUUAGUCACUAAAGAUACAUUUAAGAAAAUUCGUAAAUUUGGCCUCCAGGGACGAACUCUGGAAUUUAAAAUCAGGGAUGUGCCGCAGAGUGAGGAACCUGUGGGAUGGGUAAAAAAGGCCAUCGAGGGGAUUGUACUUAAGGGAACAGAAGGUUUGGAACCAACCGAUCAGGUCGGUUUCACUUUUUGCUCGAAAGACUUUGCCAGAGGUCAGGGUUGGAUGAGGUUCAAACCUGCCUCUGAAGUGACCGUUGAUGAUAUAUGGAAUAAGAUUAGUUCCAUAUAUCAGAGUAAUAGCACCGGCCUCAAUACCGAGACAUUUUGUUUGGGUAUUACGACGGUAAAACUGCCCGCGGGAAAAGGUGGUCCGAGAGGAAGAGCUUAUAACUCCUUUAACGAGGAGUGUUUGAAAAGGCGAGGAACUGUUGUUAUUAAAAACAAGGAUAAUCUUUGUUUACCUCGUGCUCUUGUGGUUGCAAAAGCUCACGUAGAUAAGGACCAAGAAUGGAAGAAGGUACGUCAAGAUGUUGGAAAAAUACAAGGACAAAGAGCCCAUCAACUGAUUGAAGCCGCUAAUGUAACAAUUCCUGUCGGAGGGGCCGGAAUACCCGAACUACAACAGUUUCAGGGACACCUCACAGAUUACAAAAUUGUGGUGUAUAGUUAUGGUAGCAAGGGUCGUGACGUUAUGUUCUGUGGUAACACUAAUGGUCCAGCGUUAAAUCUUUUGUAUCAUGAAGGACACUUUAACGUGAUCACUUCUUUGACAGCUGCUUUUUGCUGUCGAUAUUAUUGUGAGGAGUGCCACCAGCCGUUUAACAACAAAAACGACCACAGAUGUGGUGGUACAUGUUUUGCUUGUCGUCGUUCACCAGCUUGUUCCAAAGAUUGCGUGAAAAUACCCUGCGAUCAAUGUGGUCGAAACUUCUACGGUAAGGCAUGUUUCAAUGCUCAUGUUGGUUCGGUAUGCGAUAAAAUCAAAAGGUGUAAGACCUGUUACAAGAUCUACACCAAAAGUCAUGUCUGUGGUGAGGUCUUCUGUAAAACUUGUAAGAAAAAUUGUCCGUCAGAUCAUCUUUGUUACAUACAGCCCGAUUCUGGUCUUCCUCCAUCAAGCGAUUUUCUAUUUAUAUUUUAUGAUUUGGAAACUAGUCAGGAAAAGAUAUUGGCUGAUGGUUCGCUUCUUCAAGAACCAAAUCUCUGUGUAUUUAAUCAACGUUGUUACAAAUGUCUCCCUGAGAUGAAAUUAGUUUUCUGUCAAUCUUGUGGAUUUCGCCAAAAGAUUUUGAGGGGUCUUGACGUAAUAAGUCUUUUUAUGAAUCAUAUUUUGCAAAUUAGAAAAAAAUUCAAGAAUGUUGUCGUGUUAGCUCACAAUGGAGGAGGCUUCGACCAUCAAUUUAUUUUAAAUUAUAUUUUAACAAAGACUGAUUUAACCCCUGAUCUCAUUAUGCGUGGUACGAAACUAGUGUCAAUGGCUGUUGGUAACGUUCGUUUUCUCGAUAGUCUUAAUUACUUUCCAAUGGCGUUGUCUGCUCUACCUAAAGCUUUUGGGUUGACAGAGUUGAAAAAGGGAUAUUUUCCACAUUUGUUUAACAGAGAGGAAAAUCAAUUCCAAAAGGUGGCUAUCGAUUCAAAGAUAAUCAGUCGAAAAUAGCUUUGCAGUGGUUAUUGUGGGAAGAGAAGCAACGCUGUAUUAAAAUUCAGCAUGCCGCCAGGGGACCUGAAGCUCUUAUUGGAAAUUGUAGAGUGGACGGUCUUUACGAAAAGACCGUCUUUGAAUUUCAAGGUUGUUAUUAUCACGGUUGUCCUACUUGUUACCCUACAGAUAGAACUGCACCCCUUCAUGACGAUCCUUCAGAUUGUAUGGAAAAUCGUCAUGAUAAAACAAUUGCUAAAGUUAAGCAUCUCAGAUCAAUAG